AUGAUGUGCAACCUGCUCCUGUCCUGGGCCCUGGUCCUGACCGCCUGUGGGCCUGCCUUCUCACAUCCCAUCUCAGAGUCGGCCGAGAUGUCCUACACAGGGCCAGUGUCAGCGGAGGAAGGUAGACUAGUCAGCCCAGAAGACCUGUCCCUCUCUGACCAGGCCUAUCUGUCCCAGAGCGGAAUAAAUUUGGGCUACCCCUCUCUCCUGGCUGGGGAGAUGCUCAGCAGGGAUGGACUGAGGCCUGGGGGAUACCUGCCCAGGGAAGCUGUGAAAGAGGUCCUCCUGGAGAAGCAGAGCAGGCUCCGCCCCUUCGGCCGCUUCCUGGGCCAGAGGAGGCAGUACAGGAAGAGAGGCAGCGGGGCCGAGUGCUUCUGGAAGUACUGCGUCUGAGAGCCAG